AUGAGCGCUCCCAACGAUCACCCCAGUGCGCGUGCCGCGCAACACAACCUCGCUUCACAUUUCAUUGGUGGUAACAACCUGAAUGCCGCACCGCCCAGCAGCGUCAAGGACUUUGUGGCCAGCCAUGAGGGUCACUCCGUUAUCAGCUCGGUUCUGAUCGCCAACAACGGUAUUGCCGCCGUCAAGGAGAUUCGUUCCGUCCGCAAAUGGGCUUAUGAAACUUUCGGCAAUGAGCGUGCCAUCCAAUUCACAGUGAUGGCCACGCCAGAAGAUCUGCACGCAAAUGCCGACUACAUCCGUAUGGCGGAUCAAUAUGUUGAGGUUCCCGGAGGCACGAAUAACAACAACUACGCCAACGUCGAUCUGAUCGUCGAUGUCGCUGAACGUAUGGACGUCCACGCCGUGUGGGCCGGUUGGGGUCACGCCUCUGAGAAUCCCCGUUUACCCGAAGCCCUGGCUGCUUCCCCCAAGAGAAUCAUCUUCAUUGGUCCCCCCGCCUCUGCGAUGCGCUCGCUUGGUGACAAGAUCUCAUCCACAAUCGUCGCUCAGCAUGCUGGUGUCCCUUGUAUCCCCUGGUCUGGAACGGGCGUGGACGCUGUCCGGAUCGACGACAAGGGUAUCGUUACCGUUGAUGACGAUGUCUACAACCAGGGUUGCACGUUCUCGCCCGAGGAGGGUCUCCAGAAGGCCAAGGAGAUCGGAUUCCCGGUCAUGAUCAAGGCCUCCGAAGGUGGUGGUGGUAAGGGUAUUCGUAAGGUUGAGCGGGAGGAGGACUUUAUCAGCCUGUACAAUGCCGCUGCCAACGAGAUCCCCGGUUCCCCCAUCUUCAUCAUGAAGCUGGCUGGUAACGCCCGCCACUUGGAAGUCCAGCUGCUGGCCGAUCAGUACGGUAACAACAUCUCCCUCUUCGGUCGUGAUUGUUCCGUGCAGCGUCGUCACCAGAAGAUUAUCGAAGAGGCGCCCGUCACGAUCGCCAAGCCUAUCACUUUCCAGGCUAUGGAGCGCGCCGCUGUGAGCCUUGGUCGCUUGGUCGGUUACGUCUCGGCUGGUACCGUGGAGUACCUGUACUCCCACGCUGACGACAAGUUCUACUUCUUGGAACUGAACCCCCGUCUGCAGGUCGAGCACCCGACCACGGAGAUGGUUUCCGGAGUCAACCUGCCGGCUGCCCAGCUCCAGAUUGCCAUGGGUAUCCCUCUGCACCGCAUCCGCGACAUCCGUCUGCUGUACGGCGUCGACCCCAACACCUCUGGGGAGAUCGACUUCGAUUUCUCCAACGAGGAGAGCUUCCAGACCCAGCGCCGCCCGCAGCCCAAGGGACACACCACCGCUUGCCGUAUCACUUCUGAGGAUCCCGGCGAGGGUUUCAAGCCUUCCAGCGGUACCAUGCACGAAUUGAACUUCCGCAGUUCCUCCAACGUCUGGGGUUACUUCUCCGUCGGUACGGCUGGUGGUAUCCACAGCUUCUCUGACAGUCAGUUCGGUCACAUCUUCGCCUACGGUGAGAACCGUUCCGCAUCCCGGAAGCACAUGGUCAUUGCCCUGAAGGAACUCAGCAUCCGUGGUGAUUUCCGUACCACUGUUGAGUACCUGAUCAAGCUUCUUGAAACCCCGGCCUUCGAGGACAACACGAUUACCACCGGCUGGUUGGAUCAGCUGAUCUCCAACAAGCUGACCGCUGAGCGUCCUGACACGGUCGUCGCCGUUCUGUGUGGAGCUGUUACCAAGGCUCACCAGGCUAGCGAGGCCGGUGUUGAGGAAUACCGCAAGGGACUGGAGAAGGGUCAGGUACCCUCCAAGGACGUCUUGAAGACGGUCUUCCCUGUGGACUUCAUCUACGAAGGCCAGCGGUACAAGUUCACUGCCACCCGCGCCAGCCUUGACAGCUACCACCUCUUCAUCAACGGUUCCAGGUGCUCCGUGGGCGUGCGCGCUCUUGCUGACGGUGGUCUGUUGGUCCUUCUGAACGGCCGCAGUCACAACGUCUACUGGAAGGAGGAACCCGCCGCCACUCGUCUGAGUGUGGAUGGCAAGACCUGCCUUCUCGAGCAGGAGAACGACCCCACCCAGCUGCGUACCCCCUCUCCUGGUAAGCUGGUCAAGUUCACCGUCGAGAACGGUGAGCACGUCAAGGCGGGCCAGCCCUUCGCUGAAGUCGAGGUCAUGAAGAUGUACAUGCCCCUGAUCGCCCAGGAAGACGGUAUCGUCCAGCUUAUCAAGCAGCCCGGAGCCACUCUGGAGGCUGGUGACAUCCUUGGUAUCCUCGCCUUGGAUGACCCGUCUCGCGUGAAGCACGCUCAGCCCUUCACUGGCCAGCUUCCCGAUCUUGGUCCUCCUCAGGUUGUGGGUAGCAAGCCCCCUCAGAGGUUCUUCCUCUUGCACAGCAUCCUUGAGAACAUCCUGAAGGGAUACGACAACCAGGUCAUCAUGAACGCGACCCUCAAGGAGCUGGUCGAAGUCCUCCGUAACCCCGAUCUUCCUUACGGCGAGUGGAACGCCCAGUCCUCUGCUCUGCACUCUCGCAUGCCCCAGAAGCUCGACAGCCAGCUCCAGAACAUCGUCGACAAGGCCCGCGCCCGUAAGGCUGAGUUCCCUGCCAAGCAGCUCCAGAAGACUGUUCAGCGUUUCAUCGAGGAGAAUGUCAACCCCGCCGAUGCUGAGAUCCUCAAGACCACGCUGCUUCCUCUCACCGAGGUCAUCAACAAGUACUUGGAUGGCCUCAAGGUCCACGAGUUCAAUGUCUUCAUUGGUCUCCUGGAACAGUACUACGAGGUGGAGAAGCUCUUCGCUGGCCGCAACCUCCGCGAUGAAGACUCUAUCCUGAAGCUUCGUGACGAGAACAAGGAGGACAUUGGCAAGGUCGUUCAGACUGUCCUCUCCCACAGCCGCAUUGGUGCCAAGAACAACCUUAUCCUUGCCAUUCUGGCCAUGUACCGCCCCAAUCAGCCCAACGUCGGCAAUGUCUCCAAGUACUUCAAGCCCAUCCUGAAGAAGUUGACUGAGUUCGAGUCUCGCGCUGCUGCCAAGGUCACUCUUAAGGCCCGUGAGCUUCUGAUCCAGUGUGCUCUUCCGUCCUUGGAGGAGCGCCUGUCUCAGAUGGAACUCAUCCUGCGUUCGUCGGUUGUCGAGUCCAGCUAUGGCGAGACCGGCUGGGAGCACCGUGAGCCCGAUUCCCAGGUCCUCAAGGAGGUGGUGGACUCCAAGUACACCGUCUUCGACGUGCUGCCGCGCUUCUUCGUUCACCAGGAUGUCUGGGUUACUCUGGCUGCUCUUGAGGUCUACGUGCGCCGCGCUUACCGUGCCUACACUGUCAAGGGUAUCCAAUACUCUGCUUCCGGAGAGGUUCCACUGCUCUCUUGGGACUUCACUCUCGACAAGCUGGGACAGCCCGAGUUCGGCCCUAUCACCACUGACCCGUCGACCCCCAGCACCCCUACCGCUGAGAUGAACCCCUUCAAGCGGAUCAACUCCAUCAGUGACAUGUCGUACCUGGUUGGCGACGGCAACGAGCCCAUGAGAAAGGGUGCCAUCAUCCCUGUUCAGUACCUGGAGGAUGCUGAGGAGUUCCUUCCCAGAGCCCUCGAGAUCUUCCCCAGAGCUGGCUCGAAGAAGAAGGCCAGUGACAACGGUCUUCUCGCUAACCUGGAGGGCAAGCGCCGCCCUGCUCCCCGGGUUGAGAACGAGAAUGAGUUGACUGGUGUCCUCAACGUCGCCAUCCGUGAUGUGGAGGAUCUUGACGACAACCAGAUCGUCUCCCAGAUCAACAACAUGCUGGCCGACCUCAAGGAAGAACUGCUUGCUCGUCGCAUCCGCCGUGUCACCUUCAUCUGCGGCAAGAACGGUAUCUACCCCGGAUACUUCACUUUCCGUGGCCCCAACUACGAAGAGGAUGAGAGUAUCCGCCACAACGAGCCUGCCCUUGCCUUCCAGCUGGAGCUUGGUCGUUUGUCCAAGUUCAAGAUCAAGCCCGUCUUCACUGAGAACCGGAACAUCCACGUCUACGAGGCUCUCGGAAAGGGCCCUGAGAACGACAAGGCUGUGGACAAGCGCUACUUCGUUCGUGCCGUCGUGCGCCCCGGUCGCCUGCGCGAUGAUAUUCCCACUGCGGAGUACCUGACCUCGGAGGCUGAUCGUCUCAUGAACGACAUUCUGGACGCUCUGGAGAUUAUUGGCAACAACAACUCCGAUCUGAACCACAUCUUCAUCAACUUCUCCCCUGUCUUCAACCUGCAGCCUAAGGAUGUUGAGGAGGCUCUCGCCGGUUUCUUGGAGCGCUUCGGCCGUCGUCUCUGGAGACUGCGUGUUACCGGUGCUGAAAUCCGCAUUCUGUGCACCGAUCCCGUCACCGGUGUUCCCUACCCCCUGCGCGUGAUCAUCACCAACACCUACGGAUUCAUCAUCCAGGUUGAGCUGUACAUUGAGAAGAAGACUGAGAAGGGCGAGUGGAUCUUCCACAGCAUUGAUGGUGGCAGCAACAAGCUGGGCUCCAUGCACUUGCGUCCUGUCUCCACUCCUUACCCGACAAAGGAAUGGCUGCAGCCCAAGCGCUACAAGGCCCACCUCAUGGGUACUCAGUACGUCUAUGACUUCCCUGAGCUCUUCAGACAAGCCUUCCAGAACAGCUGGACCAAGGCCAUUGCCAAGAUCCCCUCCUUGGCCGACCAGCGCCCUCCUGUUGGCGAGUGCAUUGACUACAGCGAGCUUGUUCUUGAUGAGAAUGACAACCUGGUCGAGAUCUCCCGCGGCCCUGGCACCAACACCCAUGGUAUGGUUGGUUGGAUCGUCACUGCCCGUACCCCCGAGUACCCCCGUGGUAGACGCUUCAUCAUCGUUGCCAACGACAUUACCUUCCAGAUUGGUUCUUUCGGUCCCGCUGAAGACAAGUUCUUCCACAAGUGCACUGAACUGGCUCGCAAGUUGGGUAUCCCUCGUAUCUACCUUUCUGCCAACUCCGGUGCUCGUAUCGGCAUGGCUGACGAGUUGAUUCCUUACUUCUCCGUCGCCUGGAACGACCCCGAGAAUCCCGCCGCCGGUUUCAAGUACCUGUACUUCACUCCCGAGGUUAAGCAGAAGCUUGAUGCUAGCAAGAAGAAGGAAGUCAUCACUGAGGAGAUCCAGGAUGAGGGUGAGGUGCGCCACAAGAUUACCACCGUCAUCGGUGCCAAGGACGGUCUCGGUGUCGAGUGUCUGAAGGGCUCCGGUCUUAUUGCCGGUGCUACCUCCAAGGCUUACGAAGACAUCUUCACCAUCACCCUCGUUACUUGCCGUUCCGUUGGUAUUGGUGCCUACCUUGUCCGCCUUGGACAGAGAGCCAUCCAGGUUGAGGGCCAGCCCAUCAUCCUCACUGGUGCCCCCGCUAUCAACAAGCUGCUGGGUAGAGAAGUGUACACUUCCAACUUGCAGCUUGGUGGCACUCAGAUCAUGUACCGCAACGGUGUUUCCCACAUGACUGCCAACGAUGACUUCGAGGGUGUGCAGAAGAUUGUUGAGUGGAUGUCCUUCGUCCCCGACAGGAAGGGUGCCCCCAUCCCUAUCCGCCCCUGGUCCGACACUUGGGACCGCGAUGUCGCCUACUACCCUCCCUCCAAGCAGCCCUACGAUCCUCGCUGGCUCAUUGCCGGUAAGGAGGACGAGGAAGGCUUCCUGCCUGGUCUGUUCGAUACUGGAUCUUUCGAGGAGGCUCUUGGUGGCUGGGCUCGCACCGUGGUUGUUGGUCGUGCUAGACUCGGUGGCAUUCCCAUGGGUGUGAUCGCUGUUGAGACUCGCUCCGUUGAGAACGUCACUCCUGCCGACCCUGCCAACCCUGACUCUAUGGAGAUGGUCGCCAACGAAGCUGGUGGUGUCUGGUACCCCAACUCCGCCUACAAGACCGCCCAGGCCCUCCGUGACUUCAACAACGGUGAGCAGCUUCCUGUGAUGAUCCUGGCUAACUGGAGAGGUUUCUCCGGUGGUCAGCGUGACAUGUACAACGAGGUCCUCAAGUACGGUUCUUACAUCGUCGAUGCCCUCGUCAAGUACGAGCAGCCCAUCUUCAUCUACAUCCCGCCCCACGGUGAGCUUCGUGGUGGAUCCUGGGUUGUCGUCGAUCCCACCAUCAACCCCGACCAGAUGGAGAUGUAUGCCGACGUGGAAGCCCGUGGUGGUGUCCUCGAGCCCGAGGGUAUCGUCAACAUCAAGUACCGUCGCGACAAGCAGCUCGACACCAUGGCUCGUCUGGAUGCCACCUAUGGCGAGCUCCGCCGCUCUCUCGAGGACCAGUCCCUCAGCAAGGAUCAGCUCUCUGAUAUCAAGGCCAAGAUGGCUGCCCGCGAGGAGCAGCUUCUGCCCGUCUACCUGCAGAUUGCUCUGCAGUUUGCUGAUCUCCACGACCGUGCUGGCCGCAUGGAGGCCAAGAACACCAUCCGCCAUCCCCUCACCUGGAAGAACGCCCGUCGCUUCUUCUACUGGCGUCUGCGCCGCAGACUCAGCGAGGAGCUUAUUGUCAAGCGCAUGGUUGCUGCCGCUCCCAACCCUGCUGCUCGCGACGGCUCUGUUGCUAUCCCUGCUGGUUCCAACGCCCCUGUCUCGACCGAGUCCGCUCGUGCUGUGCACCUCCGCACUCUGCACAGCUGGACCGGCCUGCUCGACGAGGAACUGCAGCGCGAAGACCAGCGCGUCGCCACCUGGUACGAGGAGAACAAGAAGGCCAUCCAGACCAAGGUCGACGCUCUCAAGGCCGAGAGCGUGGCCACGGAAGUUGCUCAGCUGCUCGUCAACAACCGUGACGGUGCUCUGAAGGGUGUGCAGCAGAUCCUCAGCGUUCUCCCUGUGGAGGAGAAGGAGGCUGUUCUCAAGUACCUCUCUUCCAACUAA